AUGGUGCAAGCAAGAAAGGCAAGCACUCAGAUCUCUGAGCUGCAAACGGUGAGCGCAUUGGGACCUGUUGGGAAAAGGUUUCAUGGCACUGGCAAGAGAUUUCGCAUCGUCAGCAACCCUCUCGACGGAAGUGAAGGAAGCAGUCACCAUCCUACUCCACAAAAAGGCGACAAGGACCAACUUAACAAUUACAGGCCCAUCACUCUACUCAACUUUACCUACAAGGUGCUGGCGCGGGUCCUGGCUGACAGAAUGAAGAAGUUCUUGGGCAGAGUGAUAUCGCCGGAGCAGUACGGCUUCUUACCGGGGAGGCGCCUGACAGACGCGGUGGGACUUGUGGCUGAUAUCAUUGAUACGGCGCGGAGAGAUAACGAAGACUGGUUCCUCCUUCUUGUCGACUUCAAGAAGGCAUUUGACUCAGUCUCGCGGGGUUACCUCUUCCGGACAAUGAGAGCGAUGGGCUUCCCUGAUCGCUUCGUGAAGUGGGUGGAAGGUCUGCAUGAGGGAACACAGACGCGACUGUUAGUAAACGGCUGGAUGGGGGAAGGUGUGGAGGUGGUAUCCGGAGUCAGACAAGGAUGCCCGCUCGCGCCAUACCUCUUUCUGUGUGCGGUUGAGCCCCUGGCGCAAACGGUCCUCAAGCGGAAGAUGGGAAUCAGCAAGGCUAAUGAGCGGCUGGCGUAUAUCAGUUACGCGGACGAUACCACCCUGAUCCUGGAAGGGAAGCAGCAGAUCAUAAGAGCAGAAUAG